UACUCAACACCACCAAAGCAGAUCAGCUUCGGAGGUGUCAGUCUAGAGCUAUGGCAGGGCUGAUCCCUCGUGGCUGCUUCAACAAUAUCCUGACCCGGUCGACUUCUUCCCUUUCUGCGCUGCUCAGUCACCAUUGUUACUCUUCUAGCCGACUGCUCACUCGUCCCUCCCCGCACCCUCCAAUCUCAACCGUCCUUUUCGCAUCUUCGCAUCGCGGGAACUCCACCAUGGCCAGCGUCAGCGUCAUCGAGGCCGCAAAGCGCGCCGCCGGCAAAGCGGCCGUGGAAAACCACUACCCCAAGGACGCCAGGUUCGUCGGCAUCGGCAGCGGAUCCACCAUCGUCUACGUCGUCGAGGCCAUCAAGGAGUCCGGCGUCGACACCUCCGCGACCAAAUACGUGCCCACGGGCUUCCAGUCCAAGCAGCUGAUCCUGUCCGCCGGGCUGACGGCCGUCGACUUCGACUCGCUCCCGGAAGGCACGGUGCUGGACGUGGCCUUCGACGGCGCCGACGAGGUGGACGACGAUCUCAACCUGAUCAAGGGCGGUGGUGCCUGUCUCUUCCAGGAGAAGAUCGUGGCGCUGCAGGCCAAGGAGUUCAUCUGCGUGGCUGACUCCCGCAAACUCCAAUCGCGCCUCCUGUCCAACUGGAAGUACAUCCCCAUCGAAGUCGCGCCGAUCGCCGCCGCCCGCGUGCUGACGGCCCUCCGCGAGAUCGGCAGUAUCCAGCCUGCGCUGCGGCUGAACACCGACCCCAAGCAAGGCCCCCUGAAAACCGACCAGGCUUUCUACAUCAUCGACGCCCCCUUCCCGACCCUGCUGACGGCGUCCGACGUCGCGGCCGGAAAGAACGGCAGCGGACAGGACGGCAUCUGGGAGGUCGAGGCCCUGUCGCGAGCGAUCAAGCAGAUCCCCGGGGUCCUGGACGUCGGCAUCUUCUCUGGCUUGACGGGCCCGCAAGCCCGGGCCCUGGGCGGCGUUGGCGGGCAGAAGCCCAUUGCCGCCUACUUCGGUAUGCCGGACGGUUCGGUCUCCGUCAGGAAGGCGGCCGCGUGAAUUGACGCUGUACAUCUCCAUGUAUGACAUGUUUCUCCAUUGAUUUGAAGACGAUAUAA